AACUCCUUUAUGCUUAUGAUACAAAAACAAAUUUUAACUGUGUGGCAGCACACAUGUGCGAAGCAUCUGUUUUUGACAUACAAAUUAUUGGUUCUAUGUAAUAUUUAAAUUUUCUUACUUUAAAAUUAAAUAAUGAAUGGUUUACGAUUAUUUCGUUUGGUUCGAGAUAAGCGAUUAAGUGCACCAUUUCUGCGUUGUUUCCAUCAUGAGUUCACUCAGCCGGAUCCAAAGAAAACUGUCGCUGAUAACAGUAAACAAGAAUCUACAAGUCAGAAGUUGUCAGAAGAAAUCAUAAGCGGUGCCGUUCGACAGAAAUAUACCGUAUUUCGUGAUGAAGAUGCCGUUGAAAUUUUUGAUGUGGAAGAGGAACGUAACCGUUAUCAACAAAAAGAUAAAUCAGAGCAUAUGAUUGUCGAUGAUUACAUGGGACUUAAUUUAAAAAGAGGAGUAACCGGCGUAUUUGAUAUUGAGGACUUAGUUGAUGUCUUGCGUAAAGAAAAUGCAGAGGAUAUAUUUGUUUGUUCAGUACCUAAGGAAUUGAAAUAUGUUGACUAUAUGGUUGUCUGUAACGGUCGCAGUUAUCGGCAUAUGAUAGCAACAGCGGAGUUUGUAAGACGCAUGUUUAAAGUUAAACGAGAAAAAAAUGAUCUUAUACCAAAAAUUGAAGGAGAAAAAAGUAGAGAUUGGAUGGCAAUAGAUUUAGGAAAUAUAGCAUUGCAUAUAUUUUCACCGACAGCACGCGAAGAAUAUGAUAUUGAAUCCCUAUGGGCAGUUGGUGCUGAAUAUGAUAAGGAAUACAACAAACCCGAAGAUGUUUUAGUGAAAAUGUUUGAAGACCAUGCAAUACUUUUGGCAGAUUUAGAAUCAAAGUAACAUAUAUUCUAAUAGACUCAUACACU